GGGUCUCUGAGUUGCUAAGCACCUUGCCGAUGCUGAGACUGGCUUUGAACUCAGAGUUCUCCUGGCUCUCCCGUCGGAAUUACAGGCAUGCGCCACCAUGCCCUGCUUGCUUUUCCUUAAUAUGGAGGGAAUACAACUGAAAUUUUGAAGUUUUUAUUUCUGCAAGUUCUUUAUUGCCUGCAUUACAACUUAAUUUAGGCAUUUCCUUUGACAAAAGCAAAUCUUUGUAUUGUUAAUCUAACAUUAAACUCAUAAAACAAAACAAAACAAAAAAGUGAGAACCACAUAAACCACAGGUUGACUCUUCACCACACUGAAACCGUUAGGAAAAAUCCUUGUGGUUAACAGCAGAGGCUUCAGAGUGUAACCUGUACUCGGGCCUAGAAAUUAUUUUAAAUGGCGACUGAUACRUCUCAAGGUGAACUCGUCCAUCCUAAGGCACUCCCACUUAUAGUAGGAGCUCAGCUGAUCCACGCGGACAAGUUAGGUGAGAAGGUAGAAGAUAGCACCAUGCCGAUUCGUCGAGCUGUGAAUUCUACCCGGGAAACUCCGCCCAAAAGCAAGCUUGCUGAAGGCGAGGAAGAAAAGCCAGAACCAGAUGUAAGUUCAGAGGAAUCUGUCUCCACUGUAGAAGAACAAGAGAAUGAAACUCCACCUGCUACAUCUAGUGAGACAGAACAACCCAAAGGGGAACCUGAGAAUGAAGAGAAGGAAGAAAACAAGUCUUCUGAGGAAACCAAAAAGGAUGAGAAAGAUCAGUCUAAAGAAAAGGAGAAGAAAGUGAAAAAAACAAUACCUUCCUGGGCUACCCUUUCUGCUAGCCAGCUAGCCAGGGCCCAGAAACAAACACCUAUGGCUUCCUCCCCACGCCCCAAGAUGGAUGCAAUUCUGACUGAAGCCAUUAAGGCAUGCUUCCAGAAGAGUGGUGCAUCAGUGGUUGCUAUUCGAAAAUAUAUCAUCCAUAAGUAUCCUUCUCUGGAGCUGGAGAGAAGGGGCUACCUCCUUAAACAAGCCCUAAAAAGAGAAUUGAAUAGAGGAGUCAUCAAACAGGUAAAAGGAAAAGGUGCAUCUGGAAGUUUUGUUGUGGUCCAAAAAGCAAGAAAAAUGCCUCAGAAAUCUAGAAACGCAAAAAAGAGGAGCUCUGUGAUAGAUCCAGAACCACAAGUAAAACUGGAGGAUGUCCUCCCACUGGCCUUUACUCGCCUCUGUGAACCUAAAGAAGCUUCCUACAGUCUCAUCAGGAAAUAUGUUUCUCAGUAUUAUCCUAAGCUUAGAGUGGACAUCAGGCCUCAGCUGUUGAAGAAUGCUCUCCAGAGAGCAGUAGAGAGAGGACAGUUAGAACAAAUAACUGGCAAAGGUGCUUCGGGGACAUUCCAGCUGAAGAAAUCAGGGGAGAAACCCCUACUUGGUGGAAGCCUGAUGGAAUAUGCAAUCUUGUCUGCCAUUGCUGCCAUGAAUGAGCCGAAAACCUGCUCCACUACUGCUCUGAAGAAGUAUGUCCUGGAGAACCACCCAGGGACCAAUUCUAACUAUCAAAUGCAUUUGCUGAAGAAAACUCUACAGAAAUGUGAAAAGAAUGGGUGGAUGGAGCAGAUCUCUGGUAAAGGAUUCAGUGGCACGUUCCAACUCUGUUUUCCAUAUUACCCCAGCCCAGGAGUUCUGUUUCCAAAGAAAGAGCCAGAUGAUUCUAAAGAUGAGGAUGAAGAUGAAGAUGAGUCAUCAGAAGAAGAUUCUGAGGAUGAAGAGCCACCUCCUAAGAGAAGGUUGCAGAAGAAAACCCCAGCCAAGUCCCCAGGGAAGGCUGCAUCCAUGAAGCAGAGAGGGUCCAAGCCUACACCUAAAGUUCCAGCUGCCCAGCGGGGAAAAGCUAGGCCACUUCCCAAGAAAGCUCCUCCUAAGGCCAAAACUCCUGCCAAGAAAGCCAGACCCUCACCCUCAGUCAUCAAGAAACCUAGUGGUAACUCCUCAAAGAAGCCUGCAGCCAAUUCAAGAAAGGAAGUGAAAUUGCCUGGCAAGGGUAAUAAAUCCACCAUGAAGAAGUCUUUCAAAGCAAAAAAGUAAAUUUUAUAGGAAAAAAUGGGUAUCAUGAUGAAAUUAAGAAUCUUAUUUUAUAAGGUCAGUGUGCAUUUGUUUCAGUUUUGAUGCUUAUAAAAUUACACUUUUUUUGUCCAGUAUGAACUAUUGUGGGGAGGGAACAUAAAUAAACCAAUUUAGGCAUUGUUAGCUUUAGGUGCUGUUUUUGGUGCCUGCCCCUUCCCUCAGUCAUUUUAAUUUCUGCAAUAAUCCUGAACUUGCCUAAACUAUAUAAUCUAUACUUGUCCUUUUUGCUUCCCCUACCCCAACUCCUAUUGUUACUUUUCCUCCUUCCAGUUUUAUCUAAACAGUUGCAAAGAUUUUUAUAUUUGUAGAAAGCAUCAAGAACAGGAUGCUGGUCAGGUGCUGGAAGUAAAAAGGAGACAGUGUAGCACUGACUUCAUUGUGAAGCCUCCUCCCUGGAGACAUCAGCUAUGGCUUAACACUUAUUUGUAAAAAUCACUCCACUAACCCUUUAUCUCCAACUGUAAACACAGAGACAACUUAGCUUUGGAAAUAAGCCCAAGAGUAUGAGCUCACUAGAUUUUGAAAAUGUACCACCUCUUUGGGUCAUUUCUCACAUUGAUCAAACCUCUAGGUAUUUUCCACUGACCCAGAGAGCAUUGUAUUCUCUUAACAGCAAGCACAAGUUCUCUGUACCACUUGCUUUUUGACUGAAGGAGAAUUAUAGAAAUAUAUUGAAUUUAAUUUCUGGUGUCACCUGUGUUACCAAAAAUCAAAAUAUAUACAAUCUUCUUGAUCAAAUGUUAAAAUAUAUUUUUGAAUAUUUGGAGCAUGAGUUGUCACUUCCUGUUUGCCUUUUUUUAUAAGGAAACGUUGGAGAAUUACAGCAUUGCUAAUGUAGAAAUGUUAAGUGGAAAAACAUACAAUUUGCUAAAAUAAACUAGAUUCCAGAUUCAUCUGUGGAUAUUUUUCCCCCUCCUUUCUUUCCAUAGCACUUUUGAUAUCAAGCAAGUGGCUUCCUUUUUGAGAUAUUAAAAAAGAAAAAAAAGAAAAGAAAAAAAAAAAAAGCAAAUGAAGCCCUACUACCUAACCCUUUUUUAUUUGUAUUUGUUUUAGUGUCGUGAAGUUGUGUUAAAUAGCACUAGCUUUCUACUUGAGAAAUACCAAUUUCUGGUUAUCAUUUAUCUUCCCUGUGGCACUUGACAUUUUAAUUGUCUUAAACUUUUUGGUGUAUAUCUCCUGGCCCCUUGAGAGCUGG